UGUUGGCGUUGUAUUAUUGAAAUUAUAAAAGUGUUUUGCGCAGCAGAAAUACUCUUAUUUGCGUGCGUACUUGAUUGGACUCAUCAUGUCUUCGUUACUGCUAAUUUUGUUUGCAGCGGGACUGUCGUCCGUGACAUCACGCCACGUGAAUUUCUACCGGAGAGACUACACUUACGUGGAUGAAUUCGACGCAUUCUACAAGUUCCAUUGGGACAUCAACGGGAGUGACUGGGGGUCCACUUUCGUGGCAUGUGACAAUGAGGGCGCCGAGUUGUUCUACCCAAGGGCUCGUGACGAAUGGACCGUUGUCAAGAAAUUGAUAGCAGCUACGCCACUCGCGUCCAACGUGUCUGAGAUCUUCGUUGGCAUUCAUGACAAAUUCGGCGUUGGCGAAUUCCUUACUAUCAAUGGGUUCCCGACGUUAGCUCCGAUACUGAACAUAGAAUCAUCCGACGAAGGAAAGUGCGUGACGUUAGACAUAGACAGCGGAGCAUAUUUGGCCAAUGACUGCAUCGCAGAGCCUGGCACAACAAGGCCGUUCGUUUGCAAGAAAGUUGAAGACGUCUCCUGCCCAACUAUUGAUAAAGGAUACCAAUACUUCAAGGAAACAAGAAAAUGCUACAAAAUGAAUAACAAAGCAAUGAAUUGGUCCAAAGCCAUGGAAACUUGUUUCAUGGAAGGUGGCAUGCUAGUUGUGAUAGAAAGUGAGCUAGAAGCGAAGAUCAUCAGAGAAAAAAUCACAUAUGUUAAUAGAGAUCAGUCUUACUACAGCGGUUUUAAGCAGAUACUUGGCAACCAAGAAUAUUAUACUGUCAAAGGUCACAAGUUAAGCGACACUGGUUAUGAUAAUUUUUACGAAAGGAAGAUGGCUCCAUGUGGAACAUUAUUUGACUAUGGUAAUAAUGGAAGAAUUUACCUGGAUUCGGCUGACUGCAAUGAGGAACUUCCAUUUAUUUGUGAAAUAGGCGUUUAAAAUAUAAUCAAAUUAAUUCAGAAAUAGUUAUUGGCUCUUAAUACUUCAUAAAAAAUAUAAAGAUCGUAUUUAACUAUGUUGGUAAUUUUUGUUUGUUUUGUAAUUAAGGGUAAUAUAAUAUGAAUCU